GUGUAUGUAGACUAGACGAUUCCUUGAACCAUAUAAUUCCGGCUUGAUAUAAGAGUCCUAAUGUGAAACGAAACAAAUAUACGAGUCUUGCAUCAUAUAGUUAACCGUCGUCAAAUAUUAAAGAAGAAAAUGGCAACCACCAAAACUACCGGUCGGAGACUCCGUCCUCCGUCGCCCAAUAUUAACCGGAGCCGGACUAUAAGCUCUUCGAUCUCUCUCCCAGUGUCCUUAAACGCCUCGUUAUCGUCUUCUACUUCUUCCUCCUCUUCCUCUUCGCCAUCCAAUUCAAGCAAGAGAGUGAUGAUAACCAGAUCACACUCUACAACGAGAUCAUCCAGACCAACCGGACCCAACCCGAAAUCCGGCGAAAAUAUAAUCCCGGCGAGAAACAGCGCGUCAAGAUCUCACGAGAUAAACAACGGUAGAAGCAGAGAGGCGUUUGCUCAGUACUUGGAUCAACGUGAGCGUGGUAGUCCUCGUAAUAACGCUUCAUCGAGAGGGGUAAAACCGGGAGCGAGCUCACCAUCGGCGUGGGCGUUGUCCUCAGGGAGAGUUUCGACGAUGAAGACAUCUCUGUCCAGCUCAGCUCCGGCGAAUUCAAUGUGCAUGACGCCGCCUGAAUCACCGGUAAGCAAGGCCAAGAUAAGAAGCGGUGGCGGUGGAGCGGUGGCCGGAGUUUUGAAGUACUUCAUGGCGCAGAAGAAAGUAUCUCCGGUUCAAGAGGAGGAUUAUCACCGGUUUAGGGUUUUGCAAAACAGAUUACUUCAAUGGAGGUUUGUUAACGCAAGAACUGAAGCCACUAUGGCUAAACUUAAGAUCAACGUUGAGGAUCAGUUGUUUUGGGUUUGGCUUAGGAUAUACAAAAUGAGGAACUAUGUAGUCGAAAAUUUGAUUGAAGUUCAAAGGCUCCGUCAAGAAAUCAAACUACGUGAAGUUCUCAGCCUCCAAAUGCCUUUACUUAAUGAGUGGUCAAAAUUAGACGCAAAAAACUCCGAAGCGUUGAGCAAGCUAACUCGAAAACUCCAUGCUUUGUCUGUUCGUUUACCCUUCGUACAUGGUGCCACGAUAGAUGUGGUGUCGAUACAUGAAGAAAUGGUCAUAGCUAUAGAAGUCAUGGACGAGAUCGAAGACGUCAUCAUCAAGUUUCUCCCACGACGGAGGUUCCAACCAAGACCUCCGAAGCCUUCUCUCCGGCCGAUUGCUCCAACCUCAAACACCGAAGCUGAGGCUGAGGAGGAAGAGAAUAAAAAAGCAGCUCGACAAUUAGCCAAACGUAUCGGCACUGGCCAGAGGAGACCCAAAACCGAAACGAAAGCUUCUUCUCCUCAAGUUGCAUUCCAACCAAGCUUGUCAUCACUUUCAAUAAGGUCGUUUGGUGUUCCUAAAGAAGAUGACAAGCCCAGUUCUGAUGUAAAUCCCUCUUCUUCUGCUGGUAUUCUUCCUCCUGUUUCGUCUAUUACUCCCCAAGAAGAUGAAGAGGAGGUUCAUCAUUUGGUUACAAGAACUGGGGAAGACUAUGUUGAACCUUGGGAUUAUAGAAACUCAUACUAUCCUACCGUUCUUCCAUUGAGAAAGCCUAACUCUGGUGACCCAGAACUUCUUGACCAGGAGGAAUUUGGGGAAGUGGCUAAACACCGUGAUUAUGAGGAGAACACCAUCAACUCAGCAGAAGAACUCGGUCUGACAUCGGUGCAACACUGCAAAAAACAGAUGUUUUUCUUUAAGAUCCCGGACUGUCUCCCUGUAAUGAAGCAAUCGACAGGAGCAACCACCAAGAGAUCAGUACGGGAGUAUAGUUCAGGGAGAAGCAACCCUUUUGAAGGUUUACCAGAGGGAUUCAUGGGCAAAAUGCUGGUUUACAAGAGCGGUGCUGUCAAGUUGAAACUUGGAGAUGUCCUCUUUGAUGUCUUACCAGGUCCGAAUGCAAAAUUCCAUAAUGACGUGGCAGCAAUCGACACCAAAGGGAGGAACUGCUGUCGCAUUGGUUCUUCAGCGAAGUUUGUGACUGUUACUCCCGAUGUUGAGGCUCUUUUGAACUCUGCUUCAGACAUAGAAACACAUAAGUGAAGGUUGUUCUGGAUAUAGCCGGUCCUGUUCAUACAAGGAUGUGAAAAGCGUAGUAUUGACCAUUUAGAUUCUGUAACUAUAACCUAAUCUUCAGCCAUGAUCGUAAAAACUCUUCUUGUUGUCUUCUUCUGUAGUAAGAGAUUCACAUUCGGGGUAAAAGAAAGCUUUUAACAUUUU